AUGGAGAGACUGGUGGCGUUCAUGAGCUUGGAGGAGGAAGAUCGAUCGAAGCCGUGCCAGAUCGAUCGAAUGCACCUAGGAGAGUAUGCAUUUCUGGGACCUAACUCUACAUACCCUGUGAUAGUGAAUGCUGAGCUGAACAAUGUUGAACUUGCUUUGCUUCUCUGUGAGCUUAGGAAGUAUAGAAAAGCUAUAGGGUAUUCGCUAGAUGACAUCCCUGGAAUUUCUCCUGAUCUUUGCAUGCAUAGAAUACAUCUAGAAGAUGAAUCGAUGACUUCUGUAGAACAUCAGAGGAGGUUAAACCCGAAUCUAAAAGAUGUUGUCAAGAAAGAGAUAAUGAAACUUCUAGAUGCUGGUGUAAUUUAUGCUAUAUCUGAUAGUAAGUGGGUCAGUCCUGUGCAUGUAGUUCCUAAGAAAGGUGGUAUAACUGUUGUUAAGAAUGAUAGGAACGAGCUGAUACCCACUAGAACUGUCACUGGUCAUCGCAUGUGCAUUGAUUACCGCAAACUGAAUGCUGCAACUCGCAAAGAUCAUUUUCCUCUCCCAUUUAUUGAUCAAAUGCUUGAGAGAUUGGCUAACCAUCCAUACUACUGCUUUUUAGAUGGUUACUCAGGUUUCUUUCAGAUCCCCAUCCACCCAGACGACCAGGAGAAGACGACAUUCACAUGUCCAUAUGGCACUUAUGCUUAUCGCAGAAUGCCGUUUGGACUGUGCAAUGCACCGGCGACGUUCCAGCGCUGCAUGAUGUCUAUUUUCACUGACCUUAUUGAGGACAUAAUGGAAGUUUUCAUGGACGACUUUUCCGUCUAUGGAAGCUCCUUUGCUGUGUGUUUGUCUAAUCUGUGCAGGGUAUUGCAGCGGUGUGAGGAGAGACAUCUUGUGCUGAACUGGGAGAAAUGCCACUUCAUGGUGAGAGAUGGGAUCGUGCUGGGACAUAGGAUUUCAGAAGGGAAUCGAGGUGACAGAGCGAAGAUCGAGGCGAUUCAUCAAGGACUUCUCCAAGAUCACCAGACCUUUGACGAGCUGUUGUGUAAGGAGGUCAAGUUCGACUUUGACAGUACAUGCUUGGAGGCCUUUCACACGAUCAAGGGAGCUCUGGUGAGUGCUCCAAUUGUCCAACCUCCUGACUGGAACCUUCCGUUCGAGGUGAUGACAGAUGCUAGUGACUAUGCUGUCGGAGCGGUUCUGGGCCAGAGAAAGGAGAAGAAGCUGCACGUGAUCUACUACGCCAGUCGCACACUUGAUGAAGCUCAGUGCAAGUACGCUACGACUGAGAAGGAACUAUUGGCGGUGGUCUUUGCAUUUGAGAAGUUUCGGUCCUAUCUUGUUGGAUCGAAGGUGAUUGUCCAUACUGAUCACGCUGCCUUGAAGUACUUGCUGACGAAGAAGGAUGCGAAGCCGAGACUCUUGAGAUGGAUUCUUUUGCUUCAGGAGUUCGAUCUGGAGAUCAAGGAUAAGAAAGGGAUUGACAAUGGUGUAGCUGAUCACCUGUCAAGGAUGAAGAUCGAUGAUGACGUCCCUCUAGACGACAGCCUACCUGAUGAGCACGUCUACGCUGUUGAGGUGAUCGACUACGGCGAGCCCCUGCUCGCAGAUGAUGGAGUUCGAUCGAAUGCUGAAGGAUCGAUCGAAUGGCGAUGA